AUGUCCGGCAUGGGCUCCAUGUCCAUGGUCUUUACUACCGCUCAUAACACCCCUCUCUACUCAAAGGCAUGGACUCCCACUUCCACAGGCGCAUAUGCCGGCACUUGCAUUUUCCUCAUUGUUCUGGCCAUCAUCUCCCGACUAUUGCAAGCCUGGAGACAUACUCUCGAACAAAGGAUCCACGACAAAGCUAUGAAGCGUCGCUACGUUGUCGUUGCAGGCGAGCAGGAAGGCGAGCAGUCUCUCGAAGAGUCAGAGGCAGCCAAGGAGAUCUCAGAAAAGCAAGGCAUUCUCACCUCUCGCGGCCUCGACGAGAAGGUCCGCAUCAUUACAGCAGCAUCCAGAAGGAAGGAAACCACCCCGUGGAGAAUAACUACCGAAUUGCCGAGAGCUUGCGUCUACACUGUCCAGGCUGGACUUGGGUACCUGCUCAUGUUGGCAGUCAUGACCUUGAACGUCGGAUACUUCCUCUCAGUCCUUGCAGGUCUCUUUGUGGGUGAAUUGGCCAUUGGCAGAUAUGCCUCGCCUGUGGAUGAUCAUCACUAG